AUGAGCAGCACUGGACAACGCUUUACCGAUGUGGAGCUGGAAAAUCAACGUUUACCGGCUUGCUAUGGUUACUUUACAUGCAAGUCAGUACCGCUUGAAGAAGCCAUGGGCGAUCUAGGUAAAUACCUACCAGAAAUCAAGCGAUUCGUAAAAAUGGCCAAGAAACACUGCACAUUUCCCAAUGAACACAAUUUAAACAAAGAUGAAGCUGCUGCAGUUUAUUUGUACACCAUGGAAAUGUCAGACGAAGCUACUGUUUAUCGUCUUUUAAAUCAAACACUCCGUGCCGAGGACCGAUCUACAGUUCGUCCAUGGUUUUCCUAUUUAAAACUAUUAGAUUCUGCGGCUGCUAGAUUACCUAAAUUUAAAGGUACUGUUUGGCGUGGAGUAAAUAAAAAUGUUAGUAACACGUUCAAAAAAGGUCAAAAAAUAACAUGGUGGAGUGUGAGCUCAUGCUCAACAUCAGUUGACGUCAUUUCGUCAUUUCUCGGCAAUGUUCCGCAAAGUACGCUUUUCAAUAUUGAUUGUAUCAAUGGAAAAUCUAUUGCAGCGUACACAUGUUAUCCAACUGAAGAUGAAGUUAUUCUAAUGCCUGGUACUACAUUUGAAGUUGUGUCAAAUCCAUUACAUCAUCAUGGCGGUUUACAUAUCAUUCAUUUGAAAGAGAUAUCCGAUGAUGAUGAUGAUGAUGAUGAUGAACAAGAGCCGACAGGAUUGUCAACAGCAAGUGCUUCUGCUACAGCCUCCGUGGCCCAAAAAUUCAGCGGCAUGGAUUUAAGUAAGAAAAAAAAUUGA